UGAGUUGCAGUGCCGAAUCGAACGACGAAAUAAGGAAAAAGAGAGAGAAUCAAAGAAGAAAAACGUAAACAAAAGGAACGGCGUGAAAAUCGGAUUAGCUAUGAUCGUGGUUGAUGAAAAUGACCCAAUCGGUGAAAUUGAAGCAAGUUUUCCGUAUCGAGAUGUGCAGUUGAAAAAAGGUUCGAUAUCUAGAGAUAUCUAUGAUAUUUCAUCAGAAGAACUUGGCAGAGGAACAUAUGGAACCGUGUAUUUGUGUAAGGAAAAGACAACCGGCCUUCAGCUUGCGGCAAAAUAUGUAAAAGUCACAUGCAAAGAGGAUCGACGUAACAUGGAACGGGAAAUUGAAAUCAUGAGCGGAUUACAUCAUCCGAGGAUUAUCCAAUUGUACGAUGCAUAUGAUGAUGGUUCAACGAUUGUUUGUGUCUUAGAAUUAAUUCAAGGUGGCGAACUAUUUGAACGUGUCAUCGAAGAAGAUUAUGUUUUGACUGAAAAGGCAUGCACCAUUUUUAUUCGACAAAUUUGUGAAGGAGUCGAUUUUCUGCACAGUCGUGAUAUACUCCAUUUGGAUCUCAAACCGGAAAAUGUUUUAUGCUUGUCGCGAGAAGGUAAUCGAAUUAAACUUAUUGACUUCGGCAUGGCGCGCAGAUAUGAUCCCACCAAACAACUUCAAAUUUUAUUUGGAACCGCUGAAUUUGUCGCUCCAGAAAUCGUGAACUUCGAUGCGAUAUCGUAUUGCACUGACAUGUGGGCGGUUGGUGUAAUUUGCUACGUUCUUUUAUCCGGAUUAUCCCCGUUUAUGGGCGAUACAGAUAUAGACACCAUGACAAAUGUUACACUUUGCAAGUACAAUUUCGACGAUGAUGCAUUCAAUCAGGUGUCGGAAUGCGCCAAAGAUUUUGUUCAACAACUUCUCCAGAAAGAGGGAACCAAACGAUUGACGACGCAGGGGGCUUUAAAUCAUCCAUGGUUGAUUGAUUCAGCAUUCAAUACGGAAUUGCAUGUGACAAAAACCAAACUAAAGCGAUAUGUUAUUAAAAAACGGUGGAUCAAAGCGGUCAAUACGAUAAUUGCGCUACGGCGGAUGGGCGCCAAAAUUGAUUUAGAUUUAGUUUAAUUACACUGAAAUGCCAAAAGAAACAACAACGACAGCCACCAAAAAAAAAAGAAAAUAAACCAAUCAAUUUAGCCAAAAGGAAAAUGUUCAAUAUUUAAAAUUAACUGGUGUGAAUUGCAUUGUUUAUCCAAUGAGUCAUGUAUUUAUUACUUAUUAUUACCAUCGUUCCGAUUUCAAUAACCGAAUUAAAUGAAUUGACAGAAGCAAAAAAAAAAAAA